AUGAUUCCCGAAUAUACCAAAAUCGUCAACGUAGUGGGCGACGAAUCUCAGAACUACUGGGGACCUGGACCCUUGCAAGAUAGUUGGACAAAAGAGGAACUCGAUAACAAGUCUGCGGCCAAGGGCUUAGUGAAGAAGAGAGUGAACUGGUAUAUAUAUAAGAAUACGGGAGAUCUGGUGUAUAGUCAAUUUACCGGGCAGCCUUUGAACCCCCUUGGGGAUGAGGAUCUUCUGUUCAAUAUGACUUGUUAUAAUGGGGUAUCGGUUGAUAGCCCCGAUGGCAACUUGUAUACCCAAGCGUUAAAUCUAACUUCAUCCACUGUUAUUACCCCCUAUGGCGAUUGGACCUGGGAUACUCUGAAGGGCAAGGCUCAUUUCUACUGUCCUGAGGGCAAGUGCGUGAACGAUGAAUGUUUGGGAGUACCAGUGCCAACGUGGAAUGAAACGCUGUAUGAUGCGCAACACGCUAACGAAACGACUGGAAGAAACGGUGACAAUAUCCGAUCUUAG